CAAAAAUUAGGAUUUCGUACAAAAAUGUUUUAUUGUGAAAAACAGAGCGUGUCCAGCAAGUGACGUCACCGCAAGACUUUUCGAACUAAAAUAAGAAAGCAUGCCGAGUUCUGUGGUUUGGUUUGGUUUCUCGUAGAGUAUGAUCUAAGGUAAAUGUGGUGAUUUCAGCAGCUAAAAUUAUUCGCUUUUACGGAAAUCAUUAACUUUAGAUCUGGAAGCUCUGCUUGGCCCGUUGAGAAAGAUUAGAUCCCGCGUUAGCUGCUGGGGUUGCCAUCUUGGACAGGUUUUCCUGUCCACACAAACCAAAACAGCAGCAAAAUAGAAAUGCCAGAGUUCUGUGCGGCGUACUCUUGUUCAAAUCGGCGGACUGUUGAGUCUAAGGCGCGGGGGAUCACUUUUCACAAGUUUCCCAGGAAAGAUAUGAGGAAGAAAUGGGAAAGGGCCCUAAGGAGAAAAGACUUCACUGCAACUAAUACAACCGUGCUUUGCAGUGAGCAUUUUAAGCCGGAGGAUUUUGAUAGAACUGGUCAGAUUGUGAGACUUAGAGAUGGAGUUAUUCCAUCAAUCUUCAGCUUCCCAGUUAAACCUCAAAAAACAGGAAAGCACAAGAUGUCUAUCUUCCUUAGAGCUGAGGAGAGCCUGCCCGAGGCCUUUGAGGAGGACCAUUGCUACGCCUUGCCACCUUCUCCUUCCAUUCUUAAGGCUAGAUUCCACGAAGCCUUGGCGAGGGUGGAAGGUCUGGAGCAAGAAAAGAAGAACGCUAUGGCAAGAGAAAAACGGGCGAGGAUCGCAUUGCAGAGACUUUUGGCAGAUUUGAGGGAAAAGAAGCUCAUUAGCGAUGAGUUCAAAGAGAGGCUUGAAUAUUACGAAGUGUUUCUUGAAGAUGAACUGCAGACACUGGUAAAUGAAGAGGAGGGUUCUGCCAUGCAGCAAGAGAGAUUCUACUGUUUGAACCGCGAGGAACAUAAAGAGCUCUGGUUUAUGCGGACAUCAACUAAAUCUACGUGUGAAACAGAGGAGUCUGAGGAAUCAGGUUCAAGCAGCGAGUCAAGUUCAAGCAGCGAGUCGAGUUCAAGCAGCGAGUCGAGUUCAAGCAGUGAGUUAGACUCCAGCAGUGAGUUGCAAUCGCAGUCUGAGGAACGCAGCUGUGACAAGAGGCAGAAGCAAAGAAGAUGUCGAAACGAGAACAAUCUGAACGCAAGCAUUAGAAUUCCUACGAGGAAACGGAGGAAGAAGUACGCUCGUUUAGCGUGCCGACCAGAAAUCCACCCGAGGAACAAACUGUUACGUUGCAAACGCUGUAAAAAAAAGUUUUUGACACCUCGGCAGGUCAAAAACCACGAGUGUGGUGGUAAAUCCUCAAAGCGUUACGCUGAUGAUAAAACCCCUAGAACACAGAGUUUUUAUGAAUGCAGUGAAACGUUUUCUAAAAAGAUCCUCAAGUCGCACAAGGAAGCUCAACAGGAAAAUAAACUCUGCUCUUCCCGUAAGUCAAAGAAACACUCGACAAGAAAAAAAGUAAGGAAGAAGUUCAGUUGCAGCGACUGUAAAAAGUCAUUUAAAAACCGAUCAAAAGUCAGGAGACACAAGUGUGCCGUUAAAGCAUCCCGGCGUGAUCGUCGCAAACACCAUUUUUGUCCUAAAUGUGGGGAAGUAUUUUCUAACAAGAGUCUUAUGAAGGAUCACAGCAAAGUCCAUCUCAGCAUUUGCACGGUCUGUGGAAUGGAAUUUUGUUAUGCUUCCAAAUUAAAAAAACACAUGAGAAAACACAAAGAAAGGCCCUACAACCGUCCGAGAUGCGAGAAGAAAGGCACCCGAAUUGGAGUUUGUAAGCAUCGCACGUUGACACACUCAGGGACGAAAGCGUAUGGCUGCGAUGUGUGUGGCAAGCGAUUUUCUUGGGAUUUCAUGGUUACAGAACACAAACGCAAUUCUGUACAUCAAGACAAAGAUUCAGAUCAACUGGAUUUGGAUGAAACACCCGAAGUGAGUAUGGAAAGUGAAGAUGGUGAUGAUUGGAAAGAAACCGGACAGCAUCAAUUAGGUGUCGCUUGCAAAAGGAAUAAAGAUUCCUCAAGUGUUAAAGUAAGUAUUCCUGAUGCAAACCCCCAGAGCCAUGGUAAAAAGACUAACGACAAACCCAGGAAUUAUGAACAUGUGGACAAUAGUUGUAAACAUUCAGACUUAAGUGAGACGAAAGAAAUUUUGCUCUGCGAUCCAGAAAGUUACCCUCCGAAAACCAUUAUGCCUCCUGAGAUUUUGACAAGAUCUGAACAAAGCUAUAAUAUGCAGAUAAAUGCAAGAUAUCCAACUACAGAGGAACAUUUCAUUUGCUCAGACUGUGGGAAAGCGUUUGCCUCUGGAGGGCACUUGACAAGACACCAAUCUGUCCAUACAGGGCAGAAGCUUCUCCGCUGCAUCGUCUGUGAGAAAACAUUCCCUUCAGAGUCGGCGCUCAUCGGUCACGAGUGUCGGCGAGAGUCUUUACAGCUGUUAAGCAGCCCUUCCUCGGAUGAAACGUUUUCUCCAAAGAGGCAGAUGCUCACAAGCAGUAACUUGUGUGAAAAACCAUUCCGAUGCUAUAUGUGCAGCGAAGAUUUUGCAAGGCAAGAAUAUUUGACUUUUCAUUUUAAACAGCAUGUCAGAUGUUCAGUCUGCAAUGGUGCUUUUGAUGACGGGAACACGUUAAAUCAACACACGACGAGCCACGCUGGCCAAACACAGUUUUGCUGCCCGGUUGGUAGAAAAGACCUUAAAAGCAUGCAACAGAUGGAAGUCCACACGUAUGAGGACAUCCAGGAGGAGGAGGGCAUGCACCGCUGCAGUGUUUGUCAAAAAGGAUUCAGCAGCCAGAAUGAGCUCGGUCUCCAUCGGUGUAUUAAUCAGUUCUCACAGAUGGAUUAUGACCACUCUGAAGAGAACGCAGAAGACAAACCGAUGUUUAUGGAGGACUUAGAAGAACCAGAAGGAAAAGAUUCAGUUUUAAUAAUAAAGGUUGAAGAAUGUGAGUCUUCUGAGACUGAUGACAGUGAUUUUUGGAAUUAACUGACGCGCCAAUCUUUUUUUUUUAACUGUCGUAAUGAGACAAGAGAACCGGACAUGGACUUAACUUCUGUAAAGCAGGAUGACCAAUUUCACAAAUGGGCAAAUGUAGAGGUUCCAAGAGUUCAGGUGUGUGGCAACACAAACUCACAGUGACAGAAGAAUAGGAAAACCCUGAGGUGCCACAGAUGAAAGAGGAGCAGGAAGCUGAGAUCAGCAAAUUUGAAUCAAGUCUUGUUCUUGUGGAGACUGAGCAGAGCAGAGGUUUCGUUAAGAGGACCAGAGCCAUGCUUUUACAGGUGUCUACAUAAAAACUGAGAGUGUGUUUUCUGGAAAGAGACCAAGAAUCUUCAAUCUCAUUUAACUCUGAAAGAGAUUCUUGUGAACACCAGCUGAGUGGUUCCGACGAUAACAUUCCAGAGCCUCUGCGGCCCGACAGUGACGAUGGUGAUGACUGUGACUUUCGGAAAGAAAACUGGUCUUCACAAAUUACCCUGGUGCCUUUGAUGAUGAGAUGGGCUGUGAGAAAAACUUGAAACCUCACAGGUGCAACGAAUAACGUGAAACAGUUGCCCAAAUUCCUCUCAUGAAGAGCGACAUGAAGAAACACACCAAACAGUUCCAGAUGUGAAUGGGAAUUCCCAUACCAUUCCGUGUUGCAGGUCCACUAACACACACAGGAGAGAAGCCAUUAAAUUUUCCAGUAUGUUGAGAAAAAUAUGCACACAAAGUAACAUUUCAGUCACAUAUCAUCCUCUACGCUGUAGAAAAUCAGCACAGCUGUGUGGCAAAUGCUUUGCUUGGUACACGGAUGUGAAAUAUCACCAGUGUGUUGGACAAAUCGGUUUGAAACAUUAUUGAUUCAAGAUGUUUUUUUAUAUUUGAAUCUUGUAACUAUCUUGUUUUACAUUUUAUAAAAGAACAUUGAAGACAUGGUAACAUAUUGGGAUUUUUUGUUUGACUUUACAUUAGUUUAAUUCUUUUUUUUUUCUUUUUUUUUUUGCAUCUGGACUAAAUUCUUACUUAAAAAAAUUAGUUUAGUUAAUAUUGCAUAUAACGUUCAAAUGAUGCCAGCAUAUUUCAUUAGUAAGAAAAUGUACAACCAAAGUUGAUUGUGAAUGCAUUUUGCAGACUUGCAAGUUGUUUCCAUAUUGUUGGUAAGUCUCCAGUACCGGUGAGCCGUACAGGUUAAUAAAUGAGCCUAAAUUACCUGAAA